AUAAGCAAAGCGCAGCGCAACGCUCGGCACAGCGUUGCGUUGCAAACAUUCGGCGGGCCUGGGGGGGAGGGUGGAGUUUGCGCGCGUCCAUCCAUCGACAGUCGCCGUCCACCUUCGCACUCCGCUCGCUUCUCGCGUCAAAGACUCAGCAGCGCAGGCGAGGCGAGGCGCGAUCCGGAGCCACAUCGACAGGCGCUGAAAAACGGCGGGCGAGUCGUCGGUGAGCGGGCGGGCGAUUUAGGCCGCUGGGCCGGCGGGCAAAGGCCGCCGCGUCCCGUCAGCUGCUGCUGCUGCGGCGGCGGCGGCGGGGAAGCUCGUGUCUCCGGCCUACCCCCACCCCAGCCCCUUCUGGGGGUUUGCUCACGGGAAUCGGCGCAGGGCUCGCGCACACGCACUGGGCCUGGAAGGGCCGCCUGGGGGUUGAGGUGGGCGCGCCAUGCCCGUGGAACGCAUGCGCAUGCGGCCGUGGCUGGAGGAGCAGAUCAACUCACAGGCCAUCCCCGGCCUGCGAUGGAUCAACAAGGAGCAGAAGAUUUUCCAGAUUCCCUGGAAGCACGCGGCGCACCAGGGCUUUGAUGUGAACCGUGACGCGUGCUUGUUUAAGAACUGGGCCGUCCACACAGGGAAGCACCGGCCCGACCGGGAGGGAGACCCCAAGUCGUGGAAGACGAACUUCCGCUGUGCCCUGAACUCGCUGCCGGAUGUGAAGGAGCUGCGCGACAAGAGCAAGAAGAAGGGGGAGAACGCCUACCGCGUCUACGUCAUGCUGCCCGCCCGGGAGAGGCACAAGCGCAGGAAAGGGUCUCUGGCCAAGAAUGACAAACUUAAUGGAAUGGCCUCGGACAAUGAUCAGUCGGGGAGUGUGAAAGGAGAAGGUGGCAGUGACCACCGGCAGAGGAUGCACAUCAAGCUGGAGAACUGCCGGCUCUUAACGUCAUCUCAGAUCCAGAAAAUGCUGUGCGACAGCCUCAUUGACAAGAGCACGGACGACGACAACCACGACGGCCGCGAGGAGACGCCGGCCGAGCUUCCGGGGCACAGCAGCCACCACCAUUCCACUUUCCCCGAACGCCGGCCAGACGUCGUGAGCAAAGCGGGCGACCUGUCCGACGAGAAGCUGCCCAUUGGCGAGACGCCGUCGCCCCUUACGGAUAAUCGGGACAAAUUGAGCGAUCCUUCCGUGGCCUCCUGCCACCCUUCCGACUUGCCUGUAAAGCGCGAGGUCUCCCCGCACGGAGGCAACGAGACGGAGCAAGAGGAAGGCGUGCCAGUUCUAUACGCGUUGCAGGCGCCUUUGGCGACGCAAGACUGCGAGCACGGGAACCUCACUGUGCUGGCUACACAGUGCAGCCUCAAAGCCGGAGCUUCCAUUGCGACCUACGGCCUGCAGGAGGUAUGGCGCAACGACCCGCAGCAGCAGAACCAGGGCUCCCCAGUGGCUCUGGGCACACAAGAACCUUCUUCGUCGCACGAGCACGAGGAGGUGCACAGCAUGGCCAACGCAGUUCUGCCAGAUAUAAAGGAUGAGAUGUUCUACCCGGAGUGGAGCCAGAUGGUAGAGGUAAAGACGGAAAACCCCGACAGCGACGACAGCUACAAUCUGCAGAUCUCCUCCGGAGCCAGCUCAGAAGCAGAUGACAGCGACAUGGAGACUGACGAUGUAGACAAGAGCUCCCCACAGACAUCCCGAGCACGGAAUCAGCACCUGCGACGGGAGGCGUCGCAACAGAGGCGCGAUGUGGAGUCGUGGUGGAGGAGAAACGAGUGUGACGACCGGGAAGGGGUGACUGCCCCGCACGUUGCGACGAGGGGGAGCUCCGAGGAGCACGGCAAGGAGCCACCGGCCCCCCACGCUGACAAUGCCCAGUACCUGCAGAGCAGGAGGACGGCCUCCGUAAUCGUGAGGCUUGGAAACGGCAAGCCCGGCACGGACUCGGACCCUGCCGCUGCCUGGCCCAGCGACUCGAAUCCGGGCUGUGAGCAGAGAGAGCAGCAUGAGCAGCAUGAGCAGCAUCAGCACCAUGAGCAGCAUCAGCAGCAUCAGCAGCACCACCAGCACAGUGAUCAGCAACAGUGCAGGCCAGAGCAGGAGGAUCAGACGGAGGAGCAGCAGGCACUGAACCAGCAACAUCAUCAACACCAUCCCGAAACCACAGUCUUACACUUGGACAAGAUACAUCCGGCCUGGGUGCCCACCAUGUGUCACACGACCACGCCGUUUCCGAGCUCCUUGAACGGCUCUCCGGGCACCAGCAUCUCGUACAUGUGGCCAAGUCACCUGUCGGCAGAUGCAGCUGGCAGACACGAGAUCGUGGUCAUACCACAAGGCCACGUACUGGGGCUGCGAAGCAACAUCGAGUUCCUGGUCAUUCCCCACCACCCGGACGCGGCUACCGCUGUCAUUCACGGCUGACUCCUGGGCGGACAGGCGGGCGUUCUCCCUGCCUUCACGGACCACCACCAAGUUACCCCACCACCACCCCCCCCCCCUGAACGUGCCUGCUGGCGAGAGUGGCGAGGGAGGCUCCCCGUGCCUGCUCAGCUAGGGGGAGUGUCGUUGAUAAGCAUCUGAGCCGGGUGUGGCUGAGAGGACGGCUUGGGAAAUGUAAAGAAAGUUUUCAAAACCUAUCCCAAAAAAACUCCAAUGCAGGGGUUGGAAGAGACAAAACCUGCCGACGAGUCCCAAGUGCUUUUAAUUUUUUGUUAUUUUAUAUAACAUGCUGCUGAAAGGUUCACCUGGCAUCGCUUAAUGGUGCGGCACCUUGAACGUUCCUUCAAGGGCGCCCCAAUCAAAACAAAACGUGAAAAACAUUUGCGAAGGGAUUGGGCUGGGGUGGAAACCUGUGGAAAGAACCGAGCGUCAGGUGGCAGUUCUGCGACGUAUUCUCAGGAACGGUGUGAACCCGAGGUCGUCGGGGUUCUGGGUGUCAAAUGACUUCCUGUGUACAUAGCCUCACGAAUCUACGCAACUCCACUACAAGUUUGCUUCAUAGAGUAUAAAUAAUGUAAAGAGAUGUUCCUGCAUUAAGAGCCCGCACUCGAUUAUUUUGUAAAAAAAAAAAAACAGUUUUUCAUUCUUUGAUAGAUGGCCUUAAAAGACUAUGCAAUUGUAUAUACUGUAUCUUGUUCAGGGUCAGGAUCAUGAAUGUCUGGUUUUAAGCAAACAAUCACGUAACAUUCCAAAACUAAUUUUGACAAUUGUGUAAAUUUAUUUUAAUAUUUUACAUAUAUCAUGAAAGUGCAUUUUAUGGGAUACUGAAAAAUCUAACUGUGUAUAUGUCAAAAUAUUAAACAAGUGUGUAACAUAUAAUGACUUAAGAAUGCUAAUUUACCCUUGCAAUAUGUCUAUGAGCAUGUUUAUAGUGGUGCGAGGAGUAAUUCGAAUUAAAUGCACCACAAUUCCGUCCAGUUACUUCCUCUUAGAUUUCACAUUUGGAAUUCCAAACCCUUUAAUGGUGAACUAUAGUUGCCACACCUUCAAAUGUAUGUAUGUAUGUUGAACCUUCGCACCAUACGUAGCCAACUGUUUGCUAAUUGGAGGUGCGAAAAAUGCCUCAUCAUCCAGUCCCCUUCAUGAAUUCAAACAUAUACAGAAAAAGACAGUAAACAUUAAAAUGUAUUUUUUAAGUUACCGAUUUAAAUGUAUUUUCCCAUUUUGAUGUACGAUGCGGUUGAUGUGGACUAGGAUUUCCAAUUUCCUCAUCAAAUCGUGUGAUGCCGCCGAGUCCUGCAUUUAAAAUAAUUUCCCCAAAAGGCGACGUGGAUUUGCGUCGGAGAUUUCUCCUCCAGAGCAGCGUACUUCGGUUCAGACUCGAAAGCCUCGCACACAAGACAGGUACAAAGCUGACGGCGGAAGUGACGAUAAUUUGGUGAAACGCAGUACAAUUUCAAGCUUCUCGUCUUCCAGCAAAGAACAAUCUGCCAACCGCGACGCUUCUAACACCCGCACGCACAAUGUUUGAAAUGCGACUAAAAUCUGAGACGGUGUCACCCCCAAAAGAAGUCGGUCGGAUUUUCAUAACGGACCUUGCAUCCAGAUCUGUCCCUUCAUCGCAAUUGGUGUCGGGCCAGCUUGUAACAACACAACUAUAAUCAACUGUCCCAACUGUUUACACCUCGCACGGGUAACCCUCCCCGCUCUGUCUCGGUUGGGUAGCAAGCGGAUAUAACAUGCAUGCCUUGGCUACUGAAUCUCACCCAAAGUCUGCGCAGGGACACACGAUUGUGUGUGUGUGUAGCUCUCCGAUGCGUUUUCGGCAUCACGUCUGACGUUUUAUUCCACAUGCUGGGAGCUUCUUCGGGAACUGAGCUGAGCAGUUCCCUUGUCCCACCCCCAAUUAAUUUUGCGGAAGAAACUCGGCAUGUGGAGCAAAAACGUCAGACGUGCAGUAAUUGUGAAGUUGAGCUUUGUGCAGUGCUCCAGGAAUAAGGCCUGGAGUUGCGUGCUGUGUUUCACGUGCUAAAAUGCACACAAGCAUGUCUGAAUGUACGCAUUUUGCUCAAAGCCGCACACGAAUGGCACAGGCAAGCGCAGAGUUGUUUAGUCUGUGGUCUUGUUUAAUCGUAAAUAGCAGAUCUCAGGAUGCCCGUAAGAUGGUGCACGUGGAAAAUUAGCUGUGAUUCACCCACAAACUGUAAUUGGUGAUUGGAAAAUGACGGAGUGUGAUUUUAGUACAUGCACCCACAUUCUAUAAAGAGUUACAUGCUCAGAGGCUACAGUACAUUUGACAGGAAAAUCCAUUUUGCAUAUUUUUUAAGUUGUCCUGCAUUUGAGUAAUUUUUAAUCAAGUAAGGCCAAAAGUACAGGUUAGCCCAAACAUUAGUUUACCGAGAUAGUGUAACACUAGUGUUACAAUAUCUCGAUAAACCAACUGUUAGGCCACCCUGUAGCAUAUUGUAUGCUUUUGAUUUUAAAGUUGUUAUGCAAAGUUCUGUCACAAUGUCUGUUUGCCUUUUCCAGGAUUUGUAAAAUGUGCACUUUUUCAGUCUGUUUAACAAUGACUCAUGACUUUAAAAAAUAUGUUUGCUUCUGUAUGAACGCCGUUUAAACAAAUUUAUAUCUUUAUUCUUAUCCGAAGGUUCUAUUUUUAACGGAGUUGACAUUCACUGGGGGAACAGAAGGGAAGGGAUGAAACGUGCGUUGUAAAAAAAUAACUAAUUUUGUUUAUAGGGACUACAUUUUGUUCCUAACAAAGUGAGACGGCAUGGUGAGGACGUGGAGAUAAUUGGACAGGCGAGCGAGUCAGCGGCUCAAGGGUUGUUGUUAAUGGUUAUCUAGACACGGUCUCUAGAAUCUGUUUUAUGCUUCUGGGGUGGCUAUAUGGGGUGGGGAAUGGAUUUGUUCAACCAUCCUUCCGUUAGUAGGAGGCGACCGUAAUGAGCUCAAGGGGGGUGGGGGUGUGGAAUGAUCUUUCUACUUAACUGGACAGAGUAAGAGUAUGAAGUAAACCUCUAAAAGGAAAUGAACUGUGUUAAUACUCACGCGCAGGUGAAAUACGAAAUAAACGUUGAAGACAUGUAAUCGGAUUGGCUGUUGUUGCAAGUGCGCUUAGAUGAACUCUUCCGCAGCAGUGAUGAAUACAGUACUUCUACGAAGGAAUCGCCCUUGAAAUUAAAAAAAAGUUCUUGCUCCAGAUGAGUAAUACAAAAAUAAGUUCAGGUAAUGGAAUACGAAGGUAAUGUUUGCGGGGGAUGAAGUGUAAAAUGCGCUAUGGUAUCGCGAAUAUGUAAGUGGCACUUCAGGCUCAAAAGGCUCUAAACGCUACCACGUAAAUCCUGUGGUGUGAAAUUCUGUCGUUUGAUAGGAUCCUUCCAAAAUCCAUGCAACAAAGACUGCCAUUUAUCCACAGGCUUUGGCUGAAAGCUGCAGGAGAAAAAAAAAAUUAAGCAGCCUUUUAUUCCCAGUCUUGUAAUGGCAGUGAACCCGUUUAUAGCGGUAUGGACUUGUACACUUGCUGAUCAACACUGAAUACUACGUGUAAAUUAUAUAAGUCCUGAUUUACGUGUUUGGAUAAUGCUCCUUUUUCAUCCAUUCAACAGCUGCCGAUGCCACCACCACCAAUAACAAUGGGGACAAAUUGCUAAAUCCAAAAUGCGACGUGAAUCUGGCCCUGCCAAUGUACCUAAGGUAUAUGCUAAUAAAGCAGUGCACUGUGACAUUUAAUUCUUUUAACAAUGGAAAAUUACUACGACCCAACUGAGUCACGCGAAACUGUACGGUAAUCGGUACCAGUCAUUCUAAAAGAACGAUAUUGUUGACUUGGAGCACAAUGAAAAGUGACCUUGGGGGAUUUCCAAUCCAUGUGAUUCUAAACGGACCAAUCAAAAGCGGUCGGACGAGCCCAAUCUGAGCCGUUCAUAGGGGUCACGGAUUGUACCAUUUCCGAGGGGUGAUUACAAUCUCUACCGUUAUCCAUAAUAAGGGGGGUUUUGGGUUUAGGUCGCGUUAAUGUGUCGUUUCGCCCGCCACAGACAAUUAGUAAGGUUGUCACGUAAACAAAACGUGCCAAUUAGUUACUGCUUCAACACGCCUGUGUGUUGGGAGAAUAAACCCCGACCAUUUACAAUUCGAGAUGACGUUUCGCUGGCGAUUGCAACCGGCUUCAUCAGGCGAUUAUAAGCCAUUUCCUUAUGCUGCCAAUUGCUCGUCCUGGUCCUAUUCGAUGGCCUUGGUCAAUUUGACACUGUUCAUUUCAUGAACACCUGACUGCUGUUGUGCAUUGACGGUGUUCAGGAAGUUGUUUCUGUGUGUCUUUCGGUUUCCCUGUGGCUAUAUUAAGAGGCAGCGUUGUUCUUCCAAAGAUAGGGCCAGGAGCAUGGUGUGUGUGUGUGUACGCGCGCGCGCAUGUGGUUUAAUGACCACGAGCUAUCGCAAGCCAUAUGGAUUUCGAUUCGCCCUGCCACCUGCUCCUCCUGCAUUAAUGGAGGAUGUGUACUGCUGCUUGACAAUGGUUGUUUAAGUUGGUUCCGUUGUGCUUCGAACUCGUCGAAUGCAGAACGAUGAGGGUGUGUGCGUGUAACUCGAAAGCGCUUCGGCGUGAGCUUUAGACUUAGAGACAUCUCUGACAAUCUGCUGAGUCUGGACGAAUCAGGUUGAUUUCAUUUUCCAUUUUCUUUGCUUCAGCAUCAGAACUCGCAACGUCGAAGAAGACCCCUAUUGCGUCCAAUUACUUAGUUUGUAUUCCUCCAUGUGAUUUUAUAGACUUUUUUUAAAGGCUAUCAUCAUCUUAAUUCCCCUCCUGGUUGUGAACGCUCAUAGAAGCUUUCUUCUCUCCAUUCCUCACUCCAAUACUAAAGUUACCAAUCAUCCCUGAAUCGCCGCGUCUUUCAUGUACCUGUGGAUCACAGUCAUUCAUUACGAUGUAAUCUAUAAGUUGGUUAAUGCCUUCAUACUUUUCGUCUACUCAUGCAUCUCCAUGGCCUGUUCUAAAAGGCUAUUUGAAUUGCCUUUCAUAUAAUCAUGGUCAUGGUUUAAUAGCCUGCACAUUAUUAGGUGGACAACUCGAUAUGAUGUACCCUUAAAUCUCAAUUCUAUGUUUGAUUGCUGGAGAGACUAAGAAUCCCACUUCACCGUAAUGAAUGUCAACUCUCACUCUAUGAUAGAAUAGGUUUAGCACUAUGUAAAUGUAUGCACUUUUCACCUUUUAAAAUAAUCCAGCUGUGACUCAUUGAUCUCUCUUAGUUAUGUCUUCAGUUUAUAUUUUAUUCACCAGAGCUCACGUGUUGCGUUGUAACAAUGGUCAAAUGCAGAAGCUGGCCCUGUUCAGACCUAGUAAUUCUUAGCACCCUCUGCUUCAUCCCCUAACCCCGCGAAUGCGAUGACUUAAAACCGGAGCCCUACUCAGCGACUGGGACCCAAGUUUGUGCGCGGCAGAUAUUCUUGCAGGAAGGGGUUAUUCUCAGGCCACUUAUGGAUACUGUCCAAGCUGUGUGUAGACCACAUCCCCAAGUGCCAACCAAUUUUAGAUUUAGGGCACUCGUGCUACAAAAAGCAUAUUAGAAAGAGAUGUUUUGCUUAAUCUGAUUUUCAGAGUAUCAACAAUCGUGGGAAAAGCUUGCAGCGGCACUUUGCGGAGGCUGAAAUCAUAGUUGCAUUGUAAUUGUAUUGACAUUAGCGUGCAACAGCAACGCACACAAACUGAUGUUGCACAAAAGUGCAAGCCACCCUUUGACCUUACCGUCCACGACCCCGCGACCUAAUUGAACGGGAAUCGGGUGCUAAGUGCGUGUAAUUGGAAAGCUUAAUCCAUCACAAUUUACCAUCUCAAAAUAGGGAGUGGGCGGCCACGUUCCAGCGAUUUCACGACUCUUUGGCUCGGCAGAUCCACGCGGGCGCGUUUCGAGAAAGGUCAAGCGACCAGGGUGGGGGCAGGCAGCGCCAAUUGACAAACGUGCAUGAAAUCGCUUUCUGUUUUCCUACGGCCGGCUGCUGGCUGGCUGGCCUGUCUGGCUAGGCUGGCUGGCUAGGCUGGCUGCCUGGCUAGGCUGGCUGGCUGGCUAAGCUGGCUAUGCUGGUUAGGCUGGCUGGCUGGCUAGGCUGUCUGGCUGGGCUGUCUGGCUAGGCUGGCUAGGCUGGCUGGCUAGGCUGGCUAGGCUGGCUGGCUUGCUUAGUGACGGGCCAAUCUGAGUCAGCUGCAAGUGAGGAAUCCCUCGCCGAAUAAAUUAAUUGACGCCUUCAACGCCACCACACGUUAAGGACACAUUUUAAUGGCAAUUUAUUUAAACCCAGAUGAGUGGUGUUCUCGCCUUUCUGUUUGCGAGCGCACCAAGGACGAUCGGGACUGCUUGUGGUUCGAAAACUUUGCGAGCCACAAGCAGCCCCGAUCUUGCUCGCAAAUCCUUGCGCUCUCAGUCGCAACGGGCCAAAGGCGACACUGCCCAUGCUUCACGUUGUUACGAUUCAAGUUCAAUUUGGCACGCGUGCCAGAGGUUCUCAACUCAUGCCCUACAGCAACCAAUAAUGUGUUUUUUUUUUGUGCGGCGAGGGAGCAAGCAGAGCUGGUUUGGUCGGGUUCCCAGGGUUGUGCGAAGAGGAUUAGAGGAGUGGUUGCACUAGGUUUGGAGAGGGGUUUUUUUUGGUAGGCUGUGUAUUCGCGAUGCGUGGCUUGAGGCAUCUGCUGCCUGCAGCCCCCUGAGCACUUUUUUCCCCCUUUGUCUGUGAAGCAGCCAAUUGGGCAGGGAUACAUUCCACACGGGCUAUUUUAUUUCUCUUUCUGUCUCCCUGUCGCACAAAUAGCUUUCGUUUUAUUCACGGUUUCACAUAUGCAGACCAUCUUUCCUCCCUACACUGUCGGUUUAUCUCAAACGAGUGUAUUUAAGAACUAUACAAUAUCGCAGCUUGAAUAAACACUGUAGAUGUAGUUUGUAUUUAAUUUCACUUGCCUUUAUUUUAAUGGGAAUUCUGGAUUCAUUUUGAAGAUGCACAAAAUAUAUCAAUUGGGUUCCAAAGUAAAUAUUCGCAAUGUACUGUUUAUUUUGGAAGGGGGGUUUAGGCCCACCGGUUUGUAAGUUGAGCACGGUGGAAAUUGGUUAUGCUUGUUUUUGCCGUGAGGUGAGAAUUCAGAAUUAUUUUAGAGCAUCGUGUUCACAGUCGAGUCGACUUGUCUUUGGGCUUCUUGUGAACUGACGCUGUACGACAUUAUCGGGGGUUGUAAACAUUUUUGUACGGCUCUCAUUAAAUUAAAAACGAUGUUUUGAAU